UGAUUAAUAUAACUUCGGGGGGCAUUUUAGAAGAGCUCUCCAAAUAGAUCUCGCUUAACAAUGGCGGCCGCCCCAUCGAUGGAGAAUCCUCGUCGUCUCCUUCAUGGCUUCUUCUCCUUCGAGCUUUGUAAGGAGCUGGAGUUCAUUCACCGGAGCAGCGGCACUGUGGGCUACAGGCCCAGCGUCUUCUCCACCACGCUUCCCCACCUCGCAGCCACCAACUGCGGUCACUUCAUCCUUCCCUUCCUUCCUCUACGCGACCGCCUCAAGGAUGCCGUGGAGGAGACAUUUGGGUGCGAAUUUGAGCUCUUUGUUGAGUUCACCGGCCUCAUCAGUUGGUGUAAGGGUGCAUCUAUUGGAUGGCAUAGUGAUGACAAUAAGCCCUAUCUAAGACAAAGAGACUUUGCGGCAGUGUGCUAUUUGAAUAAUCAUGAGAAAGAUUUCAGAGGUGGUCUAUUUCAUUUUAAAGAUGGUGAACCUUCUUCAGUUGCACCAAUUGCCGGAGAUGUUCUGAUCUACACAGCUGAUGAACGCAAUAUCCAUUGUGUAGAUGAGGUAAUUGAUGGCGAAAGACUGACUUUAACUCUUUGGUUCACGCGUGACUGCUCACAUGAUGAGGAUGCCAAGGUUAUCAAUAUUCUCUCUCAAAGAAUACAAUAUGAACCUGACUCCUUCCUACCUUUGCCAGCAUCUAGUACCAUGUAUUGGUUUCAGAAGGAUGGGUCAGGCUUUGAUGUGCGCCAUGCUAGAGUGAGCUUCCUUGGUUAUGAUUUCUCUUCAACAAAAGAAAAGUCUAGAGCAGAUAAUUCAUUAUGUGAUCCUUUAGAGCUACUUGAUGGGAGAUUGUAUCUUGCUAGGGGAGAUGAAGUUCUUGUCAAAGAAUUCUUAAAUAGUCUACAUGCUUUGCAGGUUCUACAAUUCUGCUACUGGAGAGCUUCUGAAUUAGCCAAAGGAAGGGAAGAGGGCCAUCGUCAAGGAUCUGCUCGGCCGGCGAUUUUAAAGAGAACAAGCAAUUUGAAAUUGUCACUGCCACAUGACGACAAACUUGCUGUGGAAGUUUUAGGGGGCCCUUCUUGUAACUGCAUAAAACUUCAAUUCAAAUGGGAAGACUUGGUGUUAGGAAUCGCCAAGUGGGAGGAAUACGUGUCUCAAUUACACAGAAACAUGCUAGUGUGUAUUCCUAGCUGGUUAUCCAACCACACUCUUUCGUUAGAUAAUCAUAUUGUUGAAUUCGUACAUGCAACAUGAGAUGCAAACGGCAAACCGCACGUUCAUGGUGAUCAACUCAACUUUCCUAUUCAUUUUUGUUUGAACUUGUGUUCAUCUUUGUACCUUCUUUACCAAAUUUUUAUCUUUUAAAUCUUUUGUUGUAAACAUUAUUAUUUUAUUUGAUAGUCCAAUCAUUUGUUUUUCAUUCUUGAUA